AUGGCAAAAUUUUGUCUCAAUCACAGCGAUAAAUAUUAUAUUUCGCUAUCAGACCAACCUAAAAGAUUUGACGCAGAUAGCCCAGUAACUAACGUUUUCUUCGACGAUAAUAAUGGUCAGGUCUUUACUGUUCGGUCAGGUGGUGUAACAGGCGUAACUGUAAAUGGUCUAGAUGACUCAAAAUGCACUUCAUUCAGGAUGGAAGACAAGGGACCCAUUAUCUCUAUAAAGUUCUCGCCAGAUCACAAAGUGUUGGCUAUCCAAAGAAACAUUGAUGCCCAGAUACCGGCAGUAGAAUUUUAUAACUUUCAAGAUCUGAUUCCUACUAAUGUAGAAUAUAGUCAUAGUUGCAAAUGGAAAAAUGCAAAAAUCUUAGGUUUUGUUUGGCCGAGAGUGAAUGAAAUAGCUUUCAUAACAGACCAUGGAAUUGAAUUGUUACAAGUUCUCCCUGAGAAAAAACAGCUUAAAACAUUGAAGAGCAUUUCUUUCAGUGGUGCAUGGUAUUCUUGGUGCGCUCAAAGUAAUAUUGUUCUCCUAGCUGGAAAUAAUGGAGCUUUGCUACAACCAUUUUCUCUUCACGGUUCCAACAUAAGUAAACUACAGAAACUGGAAUUGGAUUCAUCUCGGCCUGUAGUUGAGAGAGAUGUAUUUGUACUGAGAAUAUGUGACGCUUCCUGGUGUGCAAUAUUCAGACAUGGAAGUCCCACUGCAUCAACACCAGGUCCUACUGAGGUGUGUUUAAUACCGAUAACUGGUGGUAACGGCAUUCAGCAUGUCUUAAAAACGGGCCUGGUGGGAAGGUUUGCAGUCAGUGUAAUUGACAAUCUUCUUAUCAUACAUCAUCAGUCCAGCCAAACUUCACAACUUUUUGACAUUCUGGAGGAAACUAAAUGUGAGAACAACGUCGCUAUACAUUUGCCCAUUGUUCAAGGAAUGUCGAUGAAACCAGCACUUGUAGAUGGACAGGAGUGUCCCAUGUAUUCUGGUAACUGGGUUGUAUUUCAGCCCGACUACAUAAUCGACGCUCGCCUUGGAUGCCUGUGGACUGUAAAUCUCAUUCACUCGGGACUUGCACAUAACGUGCCAAGAGACGAAAUAUCAAAAAUUGUCGGUGUCCUUUUAAGGCGAAAGGAUGGGAAAGACACAAUAUACAGUAUAUUAAAUCAACUAAUUACACAAGCCGACGUUUAUUUGGUUGAACUCAGUCGGGUCUUUGACGAAAUCAACUCUGUUUACAGAAAAUGGGCGGACGCGGAAGUGGCACGCAACACAGCGGGCCAAGUCGUGGAAAAGGCGGGCAACACAUUUCCCGUGCUAAUAUCGCAGGCGGAUAUGUGCAGCCGUGUUUUGCAGACACACGCCGACGACAAAUAUCUCGUACAGGUGGUCACAGCGUACCUCGCGUCGCUCUCUCUCCAAAACAUGGUGGUCCAACAUCCGGUGGCGGAGUUAUGUGUAAGGACUCUGGUUACCCGCGGGGCGAGUGCCCGUCUAAGGUCACUCGUGCGCAGGGGCUGUCUGGGUGAAGAACAGCUACUCGCCUGCCAGCUGCUAAGUCUUGGCCACUUCGACCCAGCUGCGGCACAACUGGCACUGGACAUGAUGUGGCGGUUGAAGGCUUUCGAGGAGAUCGUGGAGGUCCUCUUAAGCUGGAAUGAGCCGGUUAGUGCUGUGGGUGCUGCAAAGCAGACUGGUGUGUGGACGACUUUAGCGCCGCGUAAACUGCUCGCCGCUGCACAUCAUUAUGCGCAAGAGACGAAUACGCCGACAACAUUUUUGGCGGUGUACCACGCUCUCCUAGCGCGUAACGAGAGAGUUAGGGGCUCAUCACACUUUGUCAAAGGAGAACAGUGCGACGUCUACAUUGAAUAUUACAAACAAAUGAUGGCGGAUUCUUGA